ACUUGUCUUCCUACGUUGCAACGUGUUUCUUUUCACCAGAAUCUCAACUUUCCUCAAAAUUUUCUCUCGUUUUCUCGAGAAAAUCCAUGCGCCAAAUUCUUGAACUGAAACCACUGUUCAUAUAUUCUCUUACACGUUCAACAUAAAAUCAAAAUCGAUGAGACCGAUUCAACUUCCUGAACCACCAAGCCCUACCGCCCAUAGAGGUACGCCUGACAUCUUCGAAUCUGGAGUUCAUACUUUUGUCAGACGCGCCGUCGUUAUCGGAAACGGUUAUCCAUCUUCUGAGAAUCAGAGUAUCGGUUUGGUUCGCGCACUUGGUUUCUCCGAUAACUAUUUCUUAUAUCGGGUUACCAGGCCUAAAGGAGGAAUUAAUGAGUGGCUUCAUUGGCUUCCAGUCUCCCUCCAUAAGAAAAUAUAUUAUAUAGUAAGAACGGUCAGCGGUUAUUAUCUGCUACUGUUGAGAUCUCAAGAGAAGAAGCUUAUUAAGCCUUCAGAAAAUGGUGCCGGUGCAGGCUUGUUGGGUGUCUUAGAAGCCGAUGCAAAACAGAUAGUCAAUUUUGCUCAAGAAACUUAUGAGAAGGAGGGACCUUUGUUGGUGGUUGCAUGUGGAAGGGAUACAAUUUCUACCGCAAGUUCCAUAAAACGUUUAGCAUCUCAGAACGUUUUUGUCGUUCAGAUUCAACAUCCAAGAGUGCAUUUGAAUAGGUUUGACAUGGUGAUUACACCUAAGCAUGACUAUUAUCCUCUAACUCCACAAGGACAGGAACAAGUUCCCCGGCUUAUUCGAAGUUGGAUAACUCCACGUGAUCCUCCGGAUAGUCACGUGGUUCUCACGACUGGAGCACUACAUCAAUUAGAUUUCACUUCAAUACGCAGUGCUGCUGCGGCUUGGCAUGAUGAAUUUGCACAUGUUCCCAGGCCCUUGCUCGUUGUCAACAUUGGAGGACCAUCAAGUAACUGUCGAUAUGGUGGAGACCUUGCAAAGCAGUUAGUAGCAUCUUUGCUCAGUGUUCUUGCUAGUUGUGGGAGUGUUAGAAUAUCCUUUACAGAGAAGACUCCUCAAAAAGUGGCCAAAAUUAUAGUGAAAGAACUUGGAGAUAAUCCAAAAGUUUAUAUUUGGGAUGGGCAAGAACCUAACCCGCACAUGGGUAAUCUAGCUUGGGCUGACGCAUUUGUCAUCACAGCAGAUUCAGUUAGUAUGAUAAGUGAAGCUUGCAGCACUGGGAAGCCUGUCUAUGUUGUUGGGGCUGAGCGUUGCAAAUGGAAGUUCACUGAAUUUCACAAAUCAUUGAGAGAGCUUGGAGUUGUUCGGUCUUUUACAGGUUCUGAGGAUAUAUCGGAGAGUUGGAGCUAUCCACCCCUUAACGAUACUGCUGAUGCAGCUAAACGAAUCCGUGAAGCGCUUGCUGCCCGAGGAUGGAAGCUGAAGAUAUAGAAUGCAAUAUGAAGUUGAAGUUGAAGUUGCUACAAUACUUUUGUUCGAUUUUAUUUUUAAAUUAAAAGGGGUUACCAUUCAUUGUUUGAACAUAUUGCCAAGCAAAAUUCCACAAAUAGGAAAUACAGAGAUGUCUUUAUUCCUUUUCACAAUAGCAAUUUUUGAAGAUGUAAUGUGUGUAAUAUAAGUUAACUUUGAAAGAAUGAGGUAAAUAACAAAAUAAAAAUUGGAACAUCUUACUUCUAUUCAUAA